UGGCGGCGCCCGGAAAGAUUUGCAGAAUUAAAAAAAAAAAAAAAAAAAGAUUUGCAGGAUUCUGAAAAAUAUUCACUUUUAAACAAAUAAAUGCACCAACGUUUCCAUAUUAGAUUAUGUUUAGCACGCGUUUGCAGAAAACUGUAAACUAUCUUCUCAUAAAUCAGCAGAAACUUCUGGCAUUGUUGUUUUGUUUGCUUGUACAUUAUUCGAGCAUCGGAUUCAUGUUUAUAAAUGUCGCCAAUAUUCUCAUCAUCCUAAACGAAGACUUGUUUCAACAGGAAAAGGAAUAACUCCAGGUGUUUCAACUGAGAUCUGCGGGAUAAAACAUUGUAAAAUGAUGUUUAUUAAAGAAGAGAGUGAGGACAUGAGUUAUCCAGAAUCAUGCAGUUCAAAUGUCAUGAAAAAUGAAGAUACUGAGGAACAAAGAGAGCUGAUCGACGUGAAAGAUGAAAGUCAAAAACUGAAUGAAGUGAAAGAGGAGAAACACCAUCUGGAUCUGACACUUUAUAGUUUCAAAACUGGACAAAAUUAUUUUAGUGGCUUACAGACUGAAAAUAAUUUCUUACAUAAAAGAACAAGAGCCAAAAAAUCUUUCUCCUGCAAUCAGUGUGGGAAUACUUUCACACGUAAAGACAGUGUUACCAAGCACAUGAGAAUUCACAAUGGAGAGAAGCCUUUUAAAUGUCAUCAAUGUGGGAAGAGUUUCAGACAGGCAUGUAUUCUCAAAAAUCAUUUGUCUGUGCACUCUGAAGAAAAGUCAUAUAGCUGUGAUCAGUGUGGGAAAACAUUUUCUUCAGCAUCAGUCUUAAGAACACACCUGAAAGUUCACGUAAAUGAGAAGCCUUACUUGUGUUCUCUUUGUGGAAAAAGUUUUUCACAUGCGCAAACUUUAAAAGUCCACCAAAGAAAACACACCAGUGUGAGAGAUCAAGUGUGCUCUGAGUGUGGUAAAGCCUUUUUCAAAGCUUAUGACUUGGAACUGCACCAAAGAGUCCAUACUGGAGAAAAACCUUACAAGUGUUCAUAUUGUGAAAAAAGUUUCACUUAUUCAGGAAACCUAACGAAACAUAAGCGAGUACAUACUGGAGAGAAGCCAUACCACUGCACAUCAUGUGGGAACAGUUUUGUCCGAUCAAGCGCUCUACAGACUCAUAAAAAAAAGAAUUGUCCAGGGUUGUCAUUAUGAGCAAAGUCAAUCUUUGUUUGCCAUGCAAAUUGUAUAAAUUCAAUAAAAAACAAGAUGGAAUUUCUCUAAAAAGAAAAAUUACUGUAUUUUCAGUAAAUAACAUUGCACCUGAAUAUAAGUGACAUUGGUUCAAAAUCACGUUCUUGAGAGAAAAAAAUACUGAUAAGCAGCAUCUCUGUACUAGUCACACUGAUGCGGUUGUACACGGGAGGCAUUAGGACUAGGAAUCAUCCACCUGACUUCCCUUCAGCCGCUCAACAUUUCAGUUAGAACCAUUUCUGUCAAAUGAAUACUUGAAAGGAAUGCUUGAAUUAAUACUUUAUUACUUAUAGACAAUUAAAGCAAUCUGUUGGUGGUAUGGUUCUGUUCUGGGCAAACGAUUGUAGUCUUAGAGCACAGAACACGAAGCAGAUGUGCAGGGGAUGGAGGAGGGUGUUAAGUGCAGCUUGCAUCCAUGCAAUAGAAAGGCAGCUAAGGUAUUUACUAUAUGGAGGACUUAUAGGCAAAAAGUGUGUCGCCAAACCCAGCCGGAUAGCAGCUUACAGCAAUGAGCAUGUCGCCAAACCUGGCUGGAUAGCAACUUAAGGCAAUGAGUGUGUCGCAAAACCAGUCAGAUAGCAGCUUAUGGAAAUGAGCGUGUCACCAAACCCGGCCGGAUAGCAGCUUAUGGAAAUUAGCGUGUCGCCAAACCCAGUCAGAUAGCAGUUUAUGGCAACAAGUGUGUCGCCAUUGCCUGAACAGAUAAAACAAAGUUGCAUGUCCUAUUACGCUGCAGGGCUGAUUGAUAGUGCAGAUAAUUAACUUACAAGUAAUGCGAUGAAUAAUAGAAUUACACUGAUGACUUAUUGUGGGGCAACAUUUAUUAGGGCUGUCGAUUUAACGCGUUAAUAACGUGCGAUUAAUUGUACAAAAAUUAACUAAUUUAAUCGCAAUGCUUUCCUGAGAAAUUCAAGCUUGUAGUACCACCUGUUUACUCCAGAGGGCAGUUAGUGAAAUUUCAGCUGUGUGAGCAAAACACAGUUUAUUACAGUGAACAAAACAUUAACAACCCUUCAGCGGACACACGACAUAAAUGUGCGUUACAUUCCUGCGUUCAAAACACUUGAAGGAGCGCAAAUGCAAACCAAGGGAUCUCAAGAUGUGCUUAAAGAUUGAGUAUUAAACUAUAUUUAACUUGACACAGUGACCUAAACAUUUUACUUUUAUGAUGCAACGCACCCGAGACGUGACACAAGCAUGUCUGACACAGGUCGCACGGUCUUUACCUCACAAAUAUUUAAUUACCAACAAGGUUAAGGAGGUGUCCUUUAAACUGUUACACCGUUUUUACCCAGUCAAUCUUUAUUUAAGAAACAUGCUCCCUGAAAUAGAUCCACUUUGCUCCUUCUGUAAUGCUGUAGAUGAAUCUGCCCCUCACCUUUUUUGGGAAUGUGUCCAUGCUGUAGUAUUUUGGAGAAAAUUUUGUUUGUUUGUACGUACCUCUAUUUUAACUAGUUUUUCUUUGCUUUAUAAAGACGUUUUAUUUGGUGUUCACAAUUUUGAUAACUUAAGUUAAUAUUUUCUGAUUAAUAUGUUUAUUUUUCUUGCCAAGUUUUUUUAUACACAAGUAUACAUUUAUGUCUAUAAAUUUACGCUCCUAUUUGCACUUUUUUUGUAAAGACUUAAAAUAUUAUUUAAAUACUCUUUGUACCUCCAACAACUCCAAAGCAUUGAAAACCAUUACACUAUGUAAUGAAUAUAAUGUCUUAGCAUUAUUGUAAAAUAUAUCUGUAGCAUUGUGUACUAUGUGUACCCCUGGCUUGUUUCUAAAAAAAUAUAUAAAAAUGUCUGAUGCAGGUGUACAUUGACGGGUCCUUAAACAAGCCCUCAUAAUAAAU